AUGUUCACAGGUGAAAACAUCCAAUUUCUGUAGUAAUUACAUUAGUUGAAGGAAAUAUGCAAGAUAGGAGAGGGUAGUUUUGGUAAAGUCUACAAAGCAAUUGAUUUAACAGACAAAUCUAUUUGUGCAGUCAAGGUAAUUCCGACAUCAAUUAAGAGGUUAUUUCGAAACUAGUUUACAAUAGUACUACUCCUGAAUAGGAUAUCUAUUUACAAUUGAAUCAUCCAAAUAUUGUGAGAUGCAAGAGAGUAUGAGUAAAAAACAUUUAUUAAGAUUUCAGAAAACAAAAAAUACUAUUAUAUAAUUAUGGAAUACAUGGAAGGCGGCACUUUGGCGUAGAAAAUGAAGGAGAAACACUUAAACGAAUAGGAGGCAGCAGUUAUUAUGAAAUCCAUUUUGGAAGGAGUGAACUACUUGCAUGAUAGAUCAAUUAUUCAUAGAGACAUUAAACCAGAGAACAUUAUGUUGACAGGGACAAAUGUUAAGAUUGCUGAUUUCGGAUUGAGCUUUCGAUUCUCAUCUAGUGAAGGUACUUUUCAUAAAUUAUUGAAUAAAAAAUGCGGAACUAUCAUCUACAUGGCACCAGAACAAUUUACUGAAAAAUAUGUAGAUUACUUAUUCUAAAAUUAAUUAGUAUAGCAAAUAAGUGGAUGCCUGGAGUUGUGGAAUUCUGCUAUACAUGUUAUUAAAUGCAGGACAACAUCCCUUUUAUAAUAAAGACGAUACCAAGUAUGAGUUCAUCAACAAAAUCCUCAACCCUUCCAUUGAUAUCCCCUAGAGUAUGACACCUUUGGCUCAAGAUCUAUUCUUUAAAUUAAUUAAUGUUAAUCCUAUAGACAGAUACAAUGUAAGUCAAGCCUUGAUGCAUCCAUGGAUCACAAGGAAGUUCCAUGAUAAAAUUCCAUUGACUUAUUAAUAACAAUUAGACUAAUUCCUAAAAGAAUAGCAGAUAAGAUAAGUAUGAAUGUACAAUUUUAAUUUUAGUAAUUUAAGCUAUUAUUCUUCUUACAGUAUUUGAAUCACAAUUCACCUAGAACUUAGAUCUUUUAAGAUAGUGUAAAAGAGUUAGAGUAAGAAAAUUAAAAGAAGGAGUAGAAUCAAACGAGUGCAAGUCCGUCUCAAAAUAAAUUUAAAAUAUUACAAGUAAACAACAGAAUUAAGAAUCAAUGCAAUACUACUGCCAGAGUGGAGAGUUAGGGAAAGUUUUUAGAUUUCUCAUUAAUCCAAAAAUCCAAUUUUAAGAAAUCAAUGGAGAAUGUCAUAGUCUUUGAAAAAGAUAAAUGUGAAAAAAGUUAGAAUUGUUCGGCAAGAUCUUUAAAAUAGAAAUCAAACCAAAUGAUUAACAAAUUCUUCAUACCAACCUCAUUUUAAUAGACCUUUUGUGCUUCCAAUAAAACGAACCUUAAAUCACACAGAAAAUUACUACCUCCAUUAAAAUCAAAAUGA